AUGCCUUUUAACGGACGUCCAAGACCCAGACAGGGAUUUGUGAGCUCUCCCAGGGAUGGAGCUCCUAACGGAGGUCCAAGACCCAGACAGGGAUUUGUGAGCUCUCCCUGGGAUGGAGCUCCUAACGGACGUCCAAGACCCAGACAGGGAUUUGUGAGCUCUCCCUGGGAUGGAGCUUUUAACGGAGGUCCAAGACCCAGACAGGGAUUUGUGAGCUCUCCCAGGGAUGGAGCUCCUAACGGAGGUCCAAGACCCAGACAGGGAUUUGUGAGCUCUCACAGCAAUGGAGCUCAGUCCCGGGUCUCAGAUGAUUUCCGCCAACUCCAAAUGGAGAUUGAAGACUGCAAAAAAGAAAAUGCUGUCCAGACCGACUGCAGCAAUGAACUGAAGUGGGAAAUAGUAGAGGAAGAGGAAAUGGAAGAGGAAAUGGAAAGAAUGAUGUUGAUCAACAAGAACUUGGACAGGGAAAGAGAGAUCGAGGUUGCAAAUGAGAAAAUGACCCUGGAAGAGCAAAAAAAUCAGACUGAGAUGACAGAGAUGUUUAAGGUAAAGAUGGAGAAAAAGGAUUUCUUUCUUGCUCAAGAAAAAUACUUUAAGGAAUCAGCAGAGAAAGAUUCCCUUGUAUAUGUGAAAAAAAUCAAAGACGCUGAAACGCGUUUGGAGGCUGAACGCCAGCUCACACUGGACUGUAAAGGAGAACUCAAUCAGUGCAAAGGCAUUAUUGAGGAUCUAGUUCAGUCGUCCAAAACGCUUGAAAAAGACGGUGAGGUUAAGUCCAAGCAGGAAGAGGCCCAUAAGUUGGUCCUUGAUGAAAUAGAAAAAUUAAAAAAGCAACUGGAAGAAGAAACAAAUUCACAUCUUGAUCUGAUAUCUAAACUGGAGGCACAGGAAACAUUGAAAUCAAAUGUACAGUUCAAGAUUGCAGAGCUCACAGAGCAACUGAAAUUUGCCCUGGAAACUUCUGAGUCUUCUGCAACAGAAAACCUCUCAGAAAUGAUAAGUGUCUCAUCACAAACUGACAAUACUUCUUUCAAAAAUGUAUCAGAACCUUCAGAACCAGAGAGGGUGUCUGAACAAGAAGCUGAGAAAUCAUCACCAACGGAGCCUGAACACAGCAAAGACAAGAUGUUAGAAGUUGUUGUAGAGAAUAGCAACAAUGAGCUUAACCAAGACGUUGCUGCAAACGUGGGGGUGUCAGGCCCAGAAGAGGUCUCUGAGCUGAAAAUGACCACUGAAUCGCAAUUGGUUUCUGAAGCUUCUGAACAAAAAGCCAAGAAGCGUAGACGCAGAAAAAAGAAAAAGCCAGAGCAAUCUGACGAUGCAAAUCAACCUGAAGAUGGUUUACCAACAGCAGACUUGGUGAUUGAUGUAGAACUCACCGAAGAAAGUAACCAGCCUGAGGUCGGUGAUAACUUGGCUGCAAAAGUGGGAGACCCUGAACCAGAAGAGUUGUCCAAACCGGUACCAACCCCUGAAACAGCAUUGGUCUCUAAACAGGAUGGGGUUGCUGGACAAAAAGCCAAGACGCGUAGGCGCAGAAAGAAGAAGUCAGGAAAAUCUGAGGACGUUAAUCAGGUCAUUGAAUACCUACCUCAAUCAGAAGAUGGUGUACCGACAGCAGACUUGAUGAUUGAUGUAGAACUCACCGAAGAAAGUAACCAGCCUGAGGUCAGUGAUAACUUGGCUGCAAAAGUGGGAGACCCUGAACCAGAAGAGUUGUCCAAACCGGUACCAACCCCUGAAACAACAUCGGUCUCAGAACAGGAUGGGGUUGGUGGACAAAAAGCAAAGAAGCGUAAGCGCAGAAAGAAGAAGUCAGAAAAAUCUGAGGACGUUAAUCAGGUCAUUGAAUACCUACCUCAAUCAGAAGAUGGUGUACCGACAGCAGACUUGAUGAUUGAUGUAGAACUCACCGAAGAAAGUAACCAGCCUGAGGUCAGUGAUAACUUGGCUGCAAAAGUGGGAGACCCUGAACCAGAAGAGUUGUCCAAACCGGUACCAACCCCUGAAACAACAUCGGUCUCAGAACAGGAUGGGGUUGGUGGACAAAAAGCAAAGAAGCGUAAGCGCAGAAAGAAGAAGUCAGAAAAAUCUGAGGACGUUAAUCAGGUCAUUGAAUACCUACCUCAAUCAGAAGAUGGUAUACCAACACCAGACUUGAUGAUUAUGCAAGAGUUGGCAAUAAAAGUAGGAGUUGCAGAACCAGAGGGCGUCUCUGAGCUGGUGGGGGCCAAUGAAAAGGUCACUGAAACAGCAUUGGUCUCCGAACACGAUGGGGUUUCUGAGCAAGAAGCAAAGAAGCAGAGACCAAGAAGGAAUAACGGGUCAGUAAUUACUGAGAAUUUGAAACAAUUUGAAGUAAUUGAAGGACUCCCUGAACCGAAGGAUGCUGUUAUAAAAGAGGACACCAAAAUGGUAUAUAAUCCUUCACUGUGGAGACAAUUUAAGAAGUUCCUCACCCCGGCAUGUCUGCGUCAGUACAAGCACAAGAACACAGUCCAAGAUUGA